AUGGAUCUCACGUACGAUCAUAUCCAGGUGGAAGCCUACUCCGCCGACCGGACGGAGUCGACCGGAACGCCAAAGCCAGGGGAGCAAUCGUCGCUGAACGACGACAUCCAGGACGCCUACAAGGCCAUCUCGUCAAGCCCGUGGGGACUGAAGAUCGGAGACUUCCUGGGCAAUGUCGUAAAACAGGGUGAAUCGGUCUACACGCAAGCCCAAAAAGAGCUUGCCGAGGUCUCCGGGGAUGCCAGCAAAGGCCUCACGGAUUUGCGCGAAACCAUACUGAACCAGACGCGCUCUCUCUCAAUCAACCGAGACGCCGAAAGGGAGACGACGGAUGGCGACGACGCCCAGUCGACACCGACCCAAGGAAAGCACCCCUCAUCCGAGGAUGCCACCCAGCAUUCCGAGACCGUGCUCGCCCGCCUUCGGUCCGAGGCGGCGAAGCGACUCAAAGAUUUGCAGCGCGCCGAGGAUGCCGCAGACGAAGCGCUUCUGCGUUUCGGCACCAACAUGCGCGACUUCCUCCGGGAUGCCAUCGCCAUCGCACCCCCGGACCACUCUGACGAGGGAAGCACCGUCCUCUUCGAAAGCACGGAUGCCCAGGGGAAGCGUGUCAUUCACGCCUCGCGCUUCGACGCGCAGCUGCACGUCAUCCACACCUCGCCCGAGAGCUUCACGAGGGACCCAUCCGGAGACGAGUUUGAGACGUGGGCAAAGGACUUUGACGUCGACAAGAAGACGGGGGACAUCAGCAACGACUUGGCCCAGUACCCCGAGCUGCAGACGACCAUGGAAAAGGUUGUGCCGGAGCAGAUUCCCUAUGCCGACUUCUGGAAGCGCUAUUACUACCUCCGACACACCAUCGAGACGGCCGAGAACCGGCGGCGCGAUCUUCUCAACGCUGCCAAAGCCGAGGACGAAGUGGCCUGGGACGAUUCGGAUGACGACGCCACCAAGAGUGACGUUGAGUCGACCCGAAAGGCAGCAACGCCUUCCUCGUCGAAUACCGUCGAACCGCCCGAGCAGAAGCAGUCGACGGCAGCCGAGUCGCGCAAGUCCAACGACGAAAAGUCGCAGGCGGAUAGCGAGGCGAGCUACGAUGUCGUCGGCGAGGCGUCGGGAGAGACGAGCCGGGGACCGGAUAGCCCGAAGGAGCUUAAGAAGGACGAUGACAGCGACGAUGAUUGGGAGUGA